ACACUGACAAUUGCGCUUCCCAGUGUGACCAGUUGGCUGGAAACAGCUGGUGCUCGGUUAAUAAAAUGGAAUUUCGGGUUUUAGAACUAUUUAGCGGCAUUGGCGGCAUGCAUUACGCCUUCAAGUAUGCCCAGCUAGAGGGGGACAUAGUGGCCGCCUUGGAUGUAAACACUGUGGCCAAUGCGGUUUACGCGCAUAAUUAUGGAAGCAAACACGUGAAGACCAGGAAUAUUCAGAGCCUGAGUGCCAAGGAGGUGGGGAAGCUCGGUGCCAACAUGCUGUUGAUGUCACCUCCCUGCCAGCCCCACACCCGCCAGGGAUUGCAGCGGGACACGGAGGACAAGCGGUCUGACGCACUCACUCAUCUCUGCGGGCUCAUACCGGAAUGCAGUGGUCUCCAGUACAUUCUCAUGGAGAACGUCAAGGGAUUCGAGGGCUCUCAGGCCCGAAACCAAUUCAUCGCAGCCCUGGAGCAGGCGAGCUUCCAUUGGCGGGAGUUCAUACUGACACCCACGCAGUUCAACGUUCCAAACACGCGGCAUCGCUACUACUGCAUUGCUCGCCGGGAUCAGGACUUUCCGUUCCCUGGAGGCAGGAUCUGGGAGCAGGUCCCCUUCGAUGUAGUUCUAGAUCAGCCGCUUGCCCGAAUAUCGGAAAUUGUGGAGGAAAAUGUUCCUGACGACUUUCUAGUCCCCGAUGAUGUCUUGUCGAAGCGAGUCCUGGUUAUGGACAUCAUUCACCCAGCACAGAGUAGAUCCAUGUGCUUCACCAAGGGCUACACGCACUACACGGAGGGCACGGGCUCUGCCUUCACGCCUCUCUCGGAGGAGGAGUCCCAUCGGAUAUUCGAACUGGUCAAGGAGAUCGAUACGAGUGGCAGCCCGGAGUCUGCGAACUCGGAGGAAGUGCUGCAGCGACGACUGGAUCUACUGCAUCAAAUAAAACUGCGCUACUUUACGCCCCGCGAGGUGGCUCGUCUGAUGAGUUUUCCGGAGGAGUUUGACUUUCCCACCGAGACGACGAACAGACAGAAAUACCGCCUGCUGGGCAACAGCAUAAACGUUAAGGUGGUGGGAGAGUUAAUCAAAUUAUUGACUGCCGUGUGAAUAUUUUAUAAAAGACCUCAAUUAGUAAUGCAUUCUUAAGGACAUCCUUGAAGUAGA